AGCGCCCGGGGCCACGAUGGAGCGCGACGGCUGUGCCGGGGGCGGGAGCCGCGGCGGCGAGGGCGGGCGCGGCUCCCGGGAGGGCCCUGCGGGGAAUGGCCGCGACUCGGGCCGCGGCCACGGCGCCGAAGCGCCCGGGGAGCCGCAGGCGGCCGCGUCCUUGCUGGCCCCCAUGGACCUGGGGGAGGAGCAGCUGGAGAAGGCGGCGCGCGCCCGCACGGCCAAGGACCCCAACACCUAUAAAGUGCUCUCGCUGGUAUUGUCAGUCUGUGUGUUAACAACAAUCCUUGGUUGUAUAUUUGGGUUGAAACCAAGCUGUGCCAAAGAAGUUAAAAGUUGCAAAGGUCGCUGCUUUGAGAGAACAUUUGGGAACUGUCGCUGUGAUGUUGCUUGCGUUGACCUUGGAAACUGCUGUCUAGAUUACCAGGAGACAUGCAUAGCACCAGAACGGAUAUGGACUUGCAGCAAAUUCAGGUGUGGUGAGAAAAGAUUGUCCCGAAGCCUCUGCUCCUGUUCAGAUGACUGCAGGGACAAGGGCGACUGUUGCAUCAACUAUAGCUCCGUAUGCCGAGGUGAGAAAAGUUGGGUAGAGGAAACGUGUGAGAGCAUUAAUGAGCCGCAGUGUCCAGCAGGGUUUGAAAAGCCUCCAAUCCUCUUAUUUUCUUUGGAUGGUUUCAGGGCAGAAUAUUUACACACUUGGGGUGGACUUCUUCCUGUUAUUAGCAAACUAAAAACCUGUGGAACAUACACUAAAAACAUGAGACCAGUCUAUCCAACAAAAACUUUCCCCAAUCACUACAGCAUUGUCACAGGGCUUUAUCCAGAAUCCCAUGGCAUAAUUGACAAUAAAAUGUAUGAUCCCAAAAUGAAUGCAAACUUUGCACUUAAAACUAAAGAGAAAUUUAACCCUGAGUGGUACAAAGGAGAACCAAUUUGGCUUACAGCUAAAUAUCAAGGCGUGAAGUCAGGCACAUUUUUUUGGCCAGGAUCAGAUGUGAAAAUUAAUGGAAUUCUCCCAGACUUGUAUAAAAUAUAUAAUGGUUCAGUACCAUUUGAAGAGAGAAUUUUAGCUGUUCUUAAGUGGCUGCAGCUUCCUAAAGAUGAAAGACCACACUUUUACACUCUGUAUUUAGAAGAACCAGAUUCUUCGGGUCAUUCAUACGGACCAGUCAGCAGUGAAGUCAUCAGAGCUCUGCAGAGGGUUGAUGACAUGGUUGGCAUGCUGAUGGAUGGUCUUAAGGAGCUAAACUUGCAUCGAUGCCUGAACCUCAUCCUUAUUUCAGAUCAUGGCAUGGAACAAGGCAGUUGUAAGAAAUAUGUGUAUCUGAAUAAAUACUUGGGAGAUAUUAAAAAUGUUAAAGUUGUCUAUGGACCUGCAGCUCGAUUGAGACCCUCUGAUGUUCCAGAUAAAUACUAUUCAUUUAAUUAUGAAGGCAUUGCCAAGAAUCUUUCUUGCCAGGAACCAAACCAGCACUUCAAACCUUACCUGAAGCAUUACUUACCUAAGCGUUUGCACUUUGCCAAAAGUGACAGGAUUGAGACCUUGACAUUCUAUUUGGACCCUCAGUGGCAACUUGCACUGAAUCCUUCAGAAAGGAAAUAUUGUGGAGGGGGAUUUCAUGGCUCUGACAAUGCAUUUUCAAAUAUGCAAGCCCUCUUUAUUGGCUAUGGACCUGGAUUCAAGCACGGCAUUGAAGUUGACCCCUUUGAAAAUAUUGAAGUCUAUAACUUAAUGUGUGAUUUACUGAAUUUGACACCAGCUCCUAAUAAUGGAACUCAUGGAAGUCUUAACCACCUUCUGAAGAAUCCUGUUUACACUCCAAAGCACCCCAAAGAAGUCCUCUCCCUGGUCCAGUGCCCCUUCACAAGAGCCCCCCAGGAGAACCUCGACUGCUCCUGUGACCCCUCGAUUUUGCCAAUUGUGGAUUUUCAGACACAGUUGAAUCUGACCAUGGCAGAAGAGAAGGUCAUUAAGCGAGGCACUUUACCCUAUGGAAGACCCAGAGUUCUGCAGAAGAAUAGCACCGUCUGUCUGCUUUACCAACACCAGUUUGUGAGUGGUUACAGCCAUGACCUCUUGAUGCCCCUUUGGACAUCCUACACCGUGGACAGAAAUGACAGUUUCUCUGCAGAAGACUUUUCCAACUGUCUUUACCAGGAUCUCCGAAUUCCUCUUAGUCCCAUCCACAAAUGCUCAUUUUAUAAAAAUAAUGCUAAACUGAGUUAUGGGUUCCUCUCCCCACCACAAUUAAAUAAAGGUUCAAGUCAAGUAUAUUCUGAAGCAUUACUCACCACUAAUAUGGUGCCCAUGUACCAGAGUUUUCAAGUUAUAUGGCACUACUUGCAUGGCACCCUCCUGCAGAGGUAUGCUGAAGAAAGAAACGGCAUCAAUGUUGUCAGCGGUCCCGUGUUUGACUCUGAUUAUGAUGGACGUUAUGAUUCCUUGGAAACUCUGAAGCAAAACAGCAGAACCAUCCGUAAUCAAGAAAUCCUGAUUCCGACUCACUUCUUCAUUGUGCUAACAAGUUGUAAAAACACAUCCCAGAUUCCCUCACAGUGUGAAAAUCUAGAUACCUUGGCUUUCAUUUUGCCUCACAGGACAGAUAAUAGUGAGAGCUGUGCGCAUGGGAAGCAUGAAUCCUCAUGGGUUGAAGAGUUGUUGAGGCUACACAGAGCUCGGAUCACAGAUGUAGAACACAUCACUGGACUCAGCUUCUAUCAAGAAAGAAAAGAGCCAAUUUCAGACAUUUUAAAGUUGAAAACACAGUUGCCACCCUUUAACCAAGAAGACUGAAAUUUUUUUAUUUGAAAAACACACCAUAAAUCUUUUUGAAAGAACCUUCUGUUUUAUACAUCCUCUGUUCAUGCUGUUGCAUUGUUUGGAGACUGCCGACCAGAGUUAGAACUGGGAAUCCUCUGUGAUACACGACCAUCUCAGGGAAACUUGUGGCCUCAGCAAAGCAGUAGGAAAGUGUUCCUAUUGAGUCUCGCACAUGUUUGAAUGUGUAAGAAUUGUUCAAAUUUGGGAAUAAAGACAGACCAUACCUAAAA